AUGAGAAUUAGAAGUAAGGAGACUAACACCAGAAAUGGAUACAGUUAUUCACCACAACUAUUGCUCUCCAUUCUGAUUCUUCAGGUAUCUUUGAAAGGAACAAAUUCCUUGCACGUUCCGUCGCCACAACAGCAGCAACAAGGACUGGAGAACGCAAUAACAACAGCAACUUCAACAGCACUGCAAGCUUCCUCAGAAGAUCAUGCUUAUGGAUUGGAUACAUCACCUCUUCAGGAUAGUCUCAAGGCCGUGAAAGAGUCAAUGGAAUCGAUACAGGAGUCCAUCGAUGCUACGAAACAAACUCUAGGGGAAUCAUCAUCACAGUCAUUAACUUCCUUAAUGAUUUCGGACGCGUCCCCGUUGCAAGAAGCACUAGUCUCUAGUACCACCACCAUCACUACCACUUCGAAUUCAGUCUCUCCGGAAGAUGCGACGCAACUAUGGAAUAAUGUCAUGGAACAACUUCGGCAGAACACGAAUUCAGCAUUCAACGCCGACGAUCGCUACUUUCCUUCGAGUAGUGUAGAUUCUAUGAGAGACUCUGUAAAUUCCAUGCAACAGUCCAUCCAAGAGGUGCACCAAACCAUUUACCCCGAAAGUACUAGCGUGCUGUUGGCGUCCUCAGACGUGGCGGCGCCCACAGUAUCCGCAACAGCAGCAGCGACCAAUCAUGUUCCCACUCUCGUUGAUUACCUCGUGGCCAAGACUGGCCUUUUGGGUGGUGGUAAUGAUUUUCAGUCACAAUUGUCGUCAUCCAUUGUGUCGACGGAGAACCAAGCCUGGAAGGAGGCAAGCAAAUUCUUGGAAAAUGCGUCGUCGGAUUCUUCCAACAUCUUGUCCAAUGCCAAGAUCAAGUUGAGUAUGAUGAUUUCCAAUACCUAUCUUGUCAUGGGACUGGAGCCGCCAGAAUCCUAUGUCAAGUCGGGUGCGACGAUUGCACCAUCCUUGAGCUUGAUUACAACCUUUUUUGCCUUAAUUUGGGCCAUUGGAAGUAGGGAGAUGGCAAGGUCACAGGCCGAAGAUAGCCUCAAGGCAAUCAUUUUAGAUUAUCAACGACAACAAGCAACCUUGAAAACUCAAAUGGUCCCCUUGACGAUUGAGGUGUCCCGACUCAAUGGACAAGUCACCGAGUUGAAAGAAGAUUUGCAUGCGACCAAUUGCCAAAUUGAACGUUUGGAAUUUAAGCAAACUUUAGAACGAGAAUACUGGGCCACCAAACUCAAGGCCAAGCGUCGUCGAAUUCAUCGGAUGCGUCAAAAUUUGGUUAUCAAAAAGGACCAAUUGACAGAAGGGUCCCGACAACAACAUGAACGAAUCGAACUUACCCGACAACACAACAAGGCGCUGGAAGCAUUGAGUAAGAAUGGAAAGAUGAUCUUUGAUACGAGUCUAAAGGUAGUCUCCUUUUUGGGAGAAAAACUUUCGGAACAACAUCAGCUGCAACAAACCAAAAUGGAGGACCAACGAUUGCAAGAAGCCUUGCGAGAAGUAGAAGAUGCGAUGCAUCUGCAAGUGAAUGGAUCUACCCCCGCUACAAACUCGUCAAUUAGUGCUGCGGAUUCUUCAUUGUAUUUUACCACCACUACAUAA